AUGAAACACUGCUGUGAUCGCUGCACCGCCUUGAUUGCCCCGCCUCGCCCGACUUUGCCUCAGCCAUCGCUUGCUUUAAUGAAGAAAAGCAAAACUAAAUUCAAGAAAGAAAUACUUCGUCGGUGCAAACUUGAACUAUCAAGCCGCCCACAGCUCACCCAUGCCCCCGUCGCCCACCCACGCCCCCCCGAUGCUCACCCACGCUCCCCAUCGCACACCCACGCCUCCCACAGCCCAACCACGCCCAUCACAGCUCACCCAUGCCACCCACCGCCCACCCACGCCCCUCACAGCUCACCCAUGCCCCCACCGCCCACCCAUGCGACCCACAGCUCACUCACACCAUCCAUAGCUCACCCACACACAAUCCUGUCCCACGCCCUCCUGUACCACUCGUCUUCUAUAUCAGUUAAACCAUCUACUCACCAACGGUUCUCACGUCAGCCACACCAUGCAACACUACCCACACCACAUUCACCACACCAUCUGCGCCUCUGCCCCACAUCUGCCAUGCAUCCACGCACGCCUCGCCAUGCCUUGCGCCUGACUGAAGCGUGCAGCCCCAAGCCGUAA